UUCCACCGGAAGGAGCCCGGGAGCUCGGCUAUAAGGGAAUGGGAGCCGAGCCCCUCCGCUCUUAAAGGGGCCGCGCCGGCACUGGCGACCGCUGUCCUGGGGGAAGAGCUGUGACACUGAGUACACUUCCUGGACCUCGUGUCUCUCUCGCCAACAGAAACUGGUCCAAUAGAAGAUAUUACCUCACCUACCCUGUCUCACUCAUAUUCUGGGAGCAACAUGGCUACAGCAACACUGCAUACAAAGCCAUAAAUCCAUCCCUCAAAAACAGUCUACAAACAAUCAAGCUGGAAGAGGUGAAGCCAGGAUGCCCUGGGCAGGCUCAGCCCUCCAGCUGCCCCAAUGAGUGACCCAGAUGUGUCUGCAAUAUAUAAAGCAAGCUGAACUGGUUUAAGAACCUUGUCUCUGAAAUCUGCAGGGUCCCACUGGCUGGACGAUUGCCACCAUUUGUUGUUGUAUCUGUUUCUCUACAAACUAUUGAGAGUGAAAGCUAAUUAUGUUGUAGAACAGGUAUUGCAAACAGCUUAAGUCAGAAGCAUUUAAUGGUGCAUCAGAUCAACUGAUGCCAUCCAGUACAACUUGGAAUUACUGAAGGGAUGCAGUAAAGGAAGUGGUUUGUAUGACGCACCAUGGAGUCUGGUUUCUGAUGGGCUCCUGUGUACGACCACAGCACAAAUGACGAAUAUAAUUACAAAUGGGGGAAGGUGAGGCACAAGGGUUCUGCUGCUUGCUCCAGAUGCUUCCCUCUGGGCUCUGGCUGUAGGAUGUUGGAGAAUCAAGAGCAAGAAGAGCUGACCACGGUGCGUGUUCAGGACCCUCGGCUCCAGAACGAAGGCUCCUGGAAUUCCUACGUGGAUUAUAAAAUCUUCCUCCAUACCAACAGCAAGGCCUUUACUGCCAAGACCUCGUGCGUGCGCAGACGGUACCGUGAGUUCGUGUGGCUGAGGAAGCAGCUCCAGAAAAACGCUGGCUUAGUGCCUGUCCCGGAGCUGCCAGGGAAAUCCACCUUCUUUGCAGGCAGCACCGAUGAGUUCAUUGAGAAACGGAGACAGGGGCUCCAGCAGUUCCUGGAGAAGGUGGUGCAGAACGUGGUCCUCCUGUCAGACAGCCAGUUGCAUCUCUUCCUGCAGAGCCAGCUGUCGGUGCCAGAGAUCGAGGCGUGCAUGCAGGGCCAGAGCCCCCUGACCGUCACGGACGCCAUCCUCCGCUACGCCAUGUCUAACUGCGGCUGGGUGCAGGAAGAAGACACCCGCCCUGCGCUCGGGGCUAGGGCAGAACUCCACGGCAGCUGCGCUGGUCUCGGAAGCCCCCCUGUUCGGAGCUGCCUGAAACCCCCUUCGUGCUGGAGCGACUUUGGCCUGGAAGACAACCACUCGGAUAGCCUGGAUUCUCCCACGAUGCAGCCGGAGACGGAAUAAGCAGCACAAACGAUCUUGUACGCCCUGUCUGGGAGCAGCGGCUCUUGCUCUGCCGAGAGCUGAGGAGGGCAGCUGAGUGGCUCCCAUUGGUGCAGGAUUGGGACCCUGCAUGGCAUGUGGUCCUCACCUUCAGCCCCUCUACUCCCAGAAGCUUGUGGCCACUUCCUGCCGCCUCUGGACGGUCCUCUUAUGAGGCAGGUGCUGGGUGAAUACACAGCUGAGCUGUACGAAAAGGGAACCAGUGCUUAGUAGAACCUAAGUUUGUUACUCCCCAGGGCUGUGUCAUGCUCUUGUGGGGGGACCUGUGUGUAUUAGGGAUGGGGGCUGUUUGAAAACAAAAGCCAGCUCCCUUGAUCUUGGCUUGAUCCUCCGUCCCCUUGGAGCUGGGUCAUGGAGGCGGAUGCUCAUCUGUGCAGAGAUCCUCCAGGAGAGAGGUUGUCUGGAUCCCUGGGCUGAGCUGCUGUCCCUCCUUGUCCAACAGAUCAGGCAGCUGUCCCAGCAAUGCCCAGGAAAUUCUCGUUCUUAGAACUAGAAUUCAGUCUUGGUAGCAUUCCCCUCUGAAAAACCAACGGCCACAUAGGCACGAGCGGUGCUCCUUUGCACAUCCGAGAGCCACAUUUAAACAGCUGCUGAGCCGGAAGCCCACACGCUGGGUAUGGAUACCACCUCCACACCUGGGUCCUCCUAGCCCGGCUCGGCCUGCAGGCUGCAUGCAGCUGGAAUGAGCCAAUGAGCUUUCCCUGGGGGCUCUCUAUUGCAGGAUUGAUUCCUCCAUUGCAGCAGGGGUGGGGGAAUGUGUUGUGGUGGGACAAUGAGGCCAGAAGGUGGUUUUGUUUGUGCUCCCCUUUUGUGUGGGACACCCCUCAAGCUGGGCUUUCUUGCAGGAGAACAACCCUUUUGGCUAGCACAGACCUGCCUAACGGCUCAGAGGGCAAAGGGGAAGGGCAAAGGGUGGUGAUCCCUAUAGCCAGCCAUAAGGGAGCAGAACAGAAGAAAGAAUCCCUUAGUAAAGAAUGGGCAAUCCCACGCUGCAGCUUCCACCAGGGCCUCUCUGCUUUCAGCCCAUCGGGUCCAUUUACUCUGCUGCUCCCUGUAUCUUUCCACCAGCCCGUCGUCUGGCAUUGUCCUGGCUCAGAAGGCAGAGCUGAGGUGCUCUGGCCUGCAAUAAAUGUGAAGCAUGUGA